UGUAGGUGUAUGCUAUGAUGCAGCAACCCGAAGGUAAGGAAUACAAAAACUUCAGCCCGGAAGUACCAGCUUGAGUUCUUUACCCUACUGCCUCUCACGAAACAUUCUAUUCAAGUCCUCGUAGCACUCUCGUUACCGCGCACCCAGCUCGACAAGAUAUCUACGGUCAUUUCUACAAAUCCAUCGAUAUGAGGUUCUCAGUAAUUGCUCUCCUCGCUGCGGCUACCGCCGUUGUGGCACAGGACACUGUAUCUGUGACUGCCGGUGGUGAUUGUGAGCCUCACGGCGACCACUGGCACUGCGCCGACGGCGUUCCAGAGCCUACUACCCCUCCUACCCCAGAGCAACUCGCUUCUCAUUCUGCUGAGGAGGCUGCUGAGGAUACAGCUGCUUCUACCCCUGCCUCUACCAUCGCUUCAACUACCCUCACCGUUGUCACUUCUGGAUCUGCCCUGGUCACUGCAUCCGCAUCCCACAGCCACGACGAUGAGGACGACCACGACCAUGAAGCCACCGCCAGCACUUGCGAGCCCCACGGUGAUCACUGGCACUGCCCUGCUGGCGUUGCUGAGCCCACCACUGCCCCCGCCGAGACUGUCUCUGGUACUGCUACCGUCACUGCCAGUGGUGACGCUGCUGAAUCUGCCGCUGGUACCUCCAGCGCUCUCCCUGAGCAAACCUCUAACGCCGCUGUCGCUCUUGGCGCUGGCAAGGUUGCUGCUGUUCUCGGUGCUGCCGCUUACUUCCUGUAAGCGCGGAUUAGCCUGGACAGUUUUGUUGACCUUUGAAUGCAUCCAAGCCUUCAAAUGAGCGGAUAUACAUGUGACGGAUCAUCAUAUCCUGACUACAUGACUUCACUGUACAUAAUAAGAUACCGGGUACUCACGACGAUAUCCUGUCUCUGAAUCGAACGAUAAAAACUUCUGUGUUAAAAACUAAGAUUCGGUCUAUUGCUAUACGUGAUGACUUGGAUUAAAUCUAUAUCUUA